AUGAGUUCUGGAACCCUCAAGCAGGCGGCUGAGUCCGCUCGAUCCAAGACCAGCGAGGUCAUCGGAGCUGCCAGAAGCGAUUCUGCUGCCAUCGCCACCGAUCUACUUCACUCUCCUGUCAUGAGGGCUGCCUUGCCUUUUAUCAAUGGUGGCAUCAGCGGUAUGGUGGCCACUUCGGUCAUUCAACCCGUCGACAUGAUCAAGGUCCGCAUCCAACUCGCCGGCGAGGGAUCUGCAACUGGCCCCAAGCCCACCGCCAUGUCCGUCACUCGACAAAUCAUCUCCAGCGGCAAGGCUAUGGACUUGUACACUGGUCUCUCAGCUGGCCUCCUCCGACAGGCCGUCUACACCACUGCCCGCCUCGGUAUCUUUGACACCUUGAUGAAGAACCUCACUGCCAAGGCCAAGGCCGAAGGACGACAAGUCGGCUUCUCCGAACGAGCUACUGCCGGUCUCACUGCCGGUGGUCUCGCCGCCAUGGUCGGCAACCCCGCUGACCUAGCCCUCAUCCGCAUGCAGAGUGACGGCCUCAAGCCUCUCGCCGAGCGAAAGAACUACAAGUCGGUCAUCGACGCCCUAAGUUCCAUCGCCAAGAACGAGGGCAUUGCCGCCCUGUGGUCCGGAGCCGCCCCCACCGUCGUCCGAGCCAUGGCCCUCAACUUUGGCCAGCUCGCCUUCUUCAGCGAGGCCAAGGCCCAGCUCAAGGCAAACACCGACCUCUCCACCCAGGCUCAGACCCUCAGCGCCAGCGCCAUCGCCGGCUUCUUUGCCUCCUUCUUCUCCCUCCCCUUUGACUUUGUCAAGACCCGCCUCCAGAAGCAGCAGAAGGGCCCCGACGGCAAGGUCCCCUACCGCGGCAUGGCAGACUGCUUCACCAAGGUCGCCAAGCAAGAGGGCAUCUUCCGCUUCUACCGUGGUUUCGGCACCUACUACGUUCGCAUUGCUCCCCAUGCGAUGGUGACGCUUAUCGUCGCCGACUACCUGGGCUUCCUCACCAAAUAA